AGUAAAAUUUGUUUAAAUGCAACACAAAUUUAACAAAUUCAUUAAAUUGUUGAAAUAAAGUUAAGAAUAUAACAUGAACAUAGACCUGCGCAAACUGUGCCGCAUUUGUUUUGUGGACAACGCCGACAUAGACAUAACGCAACACAAAGUGGUGACAGCGAGCCAAACAAUCGACGCAGACGCCGAGGAGGAGGAGCACACAAUAUGCGAAAUAAUGCAGGCCAUAUUUCACAUCUCAUUGGACCUGUCAUCGGAGCUGCCCAUGAUAUGCAAUGCCUGCCUGGAGGAAUGCCUCAUGCACUAUGCAUACUUCAGCAAGCUGAUGAUUGCCAAUCGCCAGCUGCGUCAGCUCUACAACGAGGCACAGCUGGAGCGGGAGCAGCUGGAGCUGGAGGUGGAGUUGGAGGGUGACGUUCAGCUGAUAGAAGUCAACGUGGAUGAGCAGUCAACGCAGCAGGACCCGGAGCAAAUGCUGCUGGACCUGCCACGUCCCUCACAGCGUUUGGCCAACGAGGAUUCGCUGAUUGUAUCGGAAUUUCUGCCCGCCACCGAACUGCACGAGCAGGAGCAAGCCGAAAUGGACCAAAAUCUAUCGCAUUUUCCCAGCUACGAGCUACGUACACUGGACUAUGCGGCCGUUGAGCUGAAGCACGACAAUCUGGAUGAAUACAAUGAAACGAACCGCCUGCUGGACAGCGAGCCCAGCGGCAGCCAAGCCAUUUACAAAUGCAAAUACUGUCCGCUGGCCUAUGCUUCGCAGCAGUUCCUCAAGACCCAUGUGCGCCGGUCGCAUGUCUGCAAAUACUGCACCACAGCCUUUGUCAAGGUGAAGGAACUGAACGCCCACAUACGGGACAAGCAUGCGAAUAGCCAUCAGUGCGUCGUCUGCCUGAACAGCUUUAGCACCAGCAGCAAUUUGCGUGCCCAUCUCAAGCGAAUGCAUGGCGUCCAGCUGCCCGCCCAAGUGGCCCUGCUCGACUAUCGCCCGGCGCACAGGGAGAACGGUCAGCGGCAGAGCGUCGAGUAUGAUAAAUAAAUUAAUU